AGGCAAACAGACCUGCCCUCCUGAGAAGUUCGAUUGCGGGGGUUCUACCAACAAGUGUGUCUCGUUGUCAUGGAGAUGUGACGGCGAGAAGGACUGCGAGAACGGCGCGGAUGAGAAAGACUGCGCUUCUGACGCCAAGGCCUGCCCCCGCGGCGAGUUCAUGUGCGGUAACCGGAAGUGCCUGGCGAGCGUGUACGUGUGCGACGGAGACGACGACUGCGGCGACGGCUCCGACGAGCUGAAGUGCGCGGCGCAGAUGACCUGCGGGCCGGACCACCUGCGCUGCAACUCCACCGAGUGCGUGCCGCUGAUGUGGAGCUGCGACGGGGACCCCGACUGCGCCGACGGCUCCGACGAGGGCCCGGCGCGUUGCGGCGGCGAGGGGGGCGGGCCCCCGUACCCCACGCAUCGCCGCGCCAACUGCACGGCCGGCGAGUUCCGCUGCGCCAACGGGGAGUGUGUGCGCCUGGCGUGGAAGUGCGACGGCGACCCCGACUGCAAGGACAAGUCGGACGAGCUGGACUGCCCCCUGUUGACGUGUCGUCCAGAUGAGUUCCAGUGUGGCGACGGCUCCUGUAUCCACGGCACCAAGCAGUGCAACAAGGUCCACGACUGCCCCGACCACAGCGACGAGAGCGGCUGUGUCAACGCCACGAGGUGUGAGGGCCCGCUGAAGUUCCUCUGUAAGAACGGGGAGUGCAUCGACAGCAGCAAGGUGUGUGACUCUGUGAAGAACUGCAAGGACCGGUCAGACGAGCCAAAGAAAGAGUGUGGGUUGAACGAGUGCCUGAUUAACAACGGCGGCUGCUCCCACAUCUGCACAGAUCGACCAAUCGGCUUCGAGUGCCAGUGUCCCGCUGGGUACCAGCUGCUGGACAAGAAGACUUGUGGAGACAUUAAUGAGUGUGAAGACCCGGCAGCGUGCAGCCAGAUGUGUGUCAACUACAAGGGGGACUUCAAGUGUGAGUGCUACGAGGGCUACGAGAUCGACCCCGUCACCAAGACCUGCAAGGCCGAGGGGAAGAGUGCGUACCUGUUGGUCACCAACCGCCACGAGAUCCGCCGCAUCGACCCGGUGAAGCGCGAGUAUACCCAGGUGGUCUCCACCCAGAAGAACGCCGUGGCCCUCGACGUGGACGUGGCCAACAACCGCAUCUUCUGGUCCGACCGCUUCCACCGCAAGAUCUCCAGCGCCUUCAUCCAGGAGGCCAGUGAUCCCAGCCAGCAGGUGCCCCUGCUGCAGGCCUCUCUCCAGGCCCCGGUGGGGCUGGCCCUGGACUGGCUGCAGCACAACCUGUACUGGACGGACGCCGGCCACAAGACGCUGUCGGUGGCCUCGGUGGACGGUGCCCGGCGCCGCGUGCUGGUCUCCACCGAGCUCAGCGAGCCGCGCGCCGUCGUCCUGGACCCCCACAACGGGUUCAUGUACUGGUCGGAUUGGGGAACGCCGGCCAAGAUAGAGAAGUCUGGGAUGAACGGCGUGGACCGGCAGGUGCUGGUGAACAGCCACAUCGAGUGGCCCAACGGCAUCUCGCUGGACGUGGCUAACAGGCGUCUCUACUGGGUGGACUCCAAGCUGCACCUGAUCGCCAGCGUGGAUCUGAACGGAGCACACCGCCGCACGCACCUGGCCUCCGCCCAGACGCUGGGCCAGCCCUACGCCCUGGCCGUGUUCGAGUUUAAGCUCUCAGCCCCAUGAUACACCACCCCUGUCUCCACCAUCACCUCCACCUCCACCUCCGCCAACAUCGUCCCCAACAGCCAACGCCUCAACCCUCGUCUUCAUCGUCAGCAUCAUCAUCAUCUUAAUAAGCGUCAUCAUCUCAUCAUCAUCUGUUUCAUAACCCUCCUCUGGGAACAGUGGUCUGACUGGGAGGCUGGCUAGGACCGUAUCUAUUGGACGGACAGGGAGAAGGAGGCCGUCUUCUCAGCCAAUCGGCUGACAGGACAGGACAUCCAGGCUCUGGCCGAGCACCUCAACGACCCCCUUGACAUCGUGGUGUUCCACCAGCUCCGUCAGCCC